AUGUUACGUCGAAUAACGAAUUUUGGCAUAGAGCGAAAUCCAAAUCAAACAAAACAUUGGAUGCCAGACAGUGCUGGCAAAGAAUGUUAUGAUUGUCAAGAAAAAUUUACACCAUUUCGUCGACGUCAUCAUUGUCGUAUAUGUGGUCUUCUAUUUUGUAGUCGAUGUUGUUCAUAUGAACCUCAAGCUAAAUUAGCUGGCUAUAGUGAAUCAAAUAUUCGUGUAUGUUCAUAUUGUUCAUCAACAUUACUUAAAUUACCAAAGUCCAGUACAAUGUCAACAACAACACCAUCAGCAGCAGCAACAGCAGCAUCGAAUCAACAAUAUCUUUUAUCAUUAUCUCAAAUUGAUCAAGAGGAAGAAGAACAAUUAGAAACAUAUUCUCAAGAUUUAAAUACAUCUGAUAGUACAUUUAAUGCUGAUCAUUUUUCUUUAUCAAAAUCUUCAAGUGAUCCAUUAUUAUUACAUGUUGAUAAUGAACAAACAUCGAGUUCUACCGAACAAAAUUUAACAAAUUCUGAAUUAAAUCAAAAAACUCCUCAACAACAAUCUCAACAACGUACAAAUACAAAUUUUUAUUUAAAAUCAUUAUUUAAUGAAAUAUUUCGUACAUCACAAGGUUUACAAAUGCAAAAACAACGUCAUCGUUUUCGAAUAAUUGAAUGUGUAUCUGGAAAAGAUAUUGUUGAUUGGUUAAUUAAAAAUCAACGUGCUUCAGUAGUAUCUGAAGCUAAAUUAUUAUGUCAAUGUUUUCUUAAUGAAUUAUAUUUAGAACCUGUAGUUUUACCACAAACAUCAUUUAUUGAAUUUAAACCUGAUCAAACUUUUUAUAAAUUAGGAAAACGUGGAUUAGAACGUGAUUUACCAUCAGAAUCAAGUCCAUUUCGAAGUAGUAGUAUAACAUCAAUAGGUUCUAAUGAAUCAAAUAGUAUUGAUGCAUUUCAACAAAAAAUGGCUAAAUCAACAGGUAUUGUAAUUGGUACUGAUCUUAAUUAUGUACAAUUUAAUGCACAAGGAGCAAGUACUCCAGCAGAUGAUACAAUAUCUGUAAAUAGUAAAAAAGAAGGAAAUGAUUUUAAUAUGCCAAUUGAUGGAAAUGAACAAGGUAUAUAUAUAUAUACAUUAAAUUUAAAUAUAAGAAACUUUUCAUUAUUCAACAUUCAUAAUAUACCCUUUUAUAAAAGAUCAG